UCAUACUUCCUGGUUACGCGUUCAGGAAAUAGUGUUUUCCGUAGCUUUUGUAGUUGUUUAUCGCAUGGUAAAUAUUAAAAUAAAACCUUAUCACGUUAUGUGAUGGAUAUCAAUUUAUAACGGUCUAUUUUUAACCCAGUGGACAAGAGUAGAUCAGUCACCGAUGAUAACGUAAGCUUCAACCUCGAGGGAAUCGAAUACUGUAGCUAUCCUACUAGCGCCACGUCACGUAACUCUUGAAAAGGAUACGCUUUGGAAAAAGCAAAGCAGAAUCGGACGGAUUCAACUACUGUCAUCAUCGCAACUUGGACCAAAUAACGGCCGCCACUUUCCCGUGGUCAUUGCUCUACGUAGUAUUUCACGUUUUUUUGUGUGGUGAAGAAAACCUAACCUUUAAAAAUGACGGCGGCGGCUUCGAACUGGGGUUUGAUCAUGAACGUUGUCAACAGCAUCGUUGGAGUGAGCGUUCUGACCAUGCCGUUCUGUUUCAAACAGUGUGGGAUAGUGAUGGGGACUCUGUUGCUGUUCUUCUGUUCGUGGAUGACCCACCAGUCGUGUAUGUUUCUGGUCCACACGGCUAACAGCACCAAACGCAGGACUUAUGCUGGACUAGCUUUCCAUGCCUAUGGCAAACCAGGCAAAACACUGGUGGAGACCAGUAUGAUAGGUCUGAUGUUGGGGACCUGUAUUGCCUUCUAUGUCGUCAUCGCAGACCUGGGCUCUAAUUUCUUCGCCCAGUUGUUGGGCCUACCGGUGUCAUUUGGUUUCCGUGUGCUGCUGCUGAUCACGGUGUCUCUGUUCAUCGUGCUGCCUCUCAGUCUGCAGAGGAACAUGAUGUCAUCCAUCCAGUCCUUCUCUGCCAUGGCCCUCAUGUUCUACACUUUCUUCAUGUUCACGAUAGUCAUGUCUUCUCUGCGUUACGGCCUGAUCUCAGGCUCCUGGUUCGAGCGCGUGCACCUGUGGCGGGUCAGGGGUGUCAUACAGUGCCUGCCCAUUAUCGCCACCACCUUCUGCUGUCACCCGCAGGUGUUGCCUACCUACGACAGUCUGGACGAGCCUUCCAUCAAACGCAUGAGCACCAUCUUCACCACCUCCCUCAACAUUGUCACCACCUUCUACAUCACGGUGGGCUUCUUUGGCUACGUCAGUUUCACUGACGACAUAGCCGGUAACGUUCUGAUGAACUUCCCUUCUAACCUGGUGACAGAGAUGAUCCGCGUGGGCUUCAUGAUGUCAGUGGCUGUGGGCUUCCCCAUGAUGAUACUGCCCUGUAGACAGGCCAUCAACACCAUGCUGUUCGAACAACAGCAGAAGGAUGGGACAUUUGCUGCGGGGGGGUACAUUCCUCCACUUCGCUUUAAGAUGAUCACCCUCGCCAUUGUCUUCGGAACCAUGCUGGGAGGCAUCCUCAUCCCCAAUGUGGAGACCAUCCUGGGUCUGACUGGAGCCACCAUGGGCUCCCUCAUCUGCUUCAUCUGCCCUGCCCUCAUCUACAGAAAGAUACAGAAGAAUGGACUCACCGCACAGUUGGUGUUAUGGGUGGGGUUAGGCAUCCUGCUGGUCAGCACCUUCACCACGCUGUCAAUCUCAGCCAGUGACUCCACCCCCAAGCAGGCCCCUCCUCCCCCUGCAGCUGACAAGAGUGCCAUCUUUGGAGUCCUUCCUGAUGUCCCUGAUUUACGGAAUGCAGUAGAGAAGCCAGUGGUAGUGAAACCGCCUGAGGUGAAGCCUCUGUUGGUGGAGAGGCCUAAGGCCCCUGCUGCAGUAGAGUCAGUCCAUCCAGUAGAGAGACAGCAGGAGCCGGCUGAGCCCCCCCAGAUCAAAGGACCUGAACAAGGAGUAGCAGACAUGAAAAAGAAGGAGGAGGUACAGCUGGACCGCCCCGACGCAGGUGUGGCGGUACCUGACGGGUUGGCCCAUCGGCACGAGCCACCCAUCCCCCACGACGAGGUCCAGAUAGAGAAGAGGAAGAAUGACGCCGAGCUGGAGGAGGAGAAGAACCAACCUGCAGCUGGAGGAGAAGAGGAAGAGGGGCAGUCUGAGGGAGGAGAGAAAGAGGAGAAACUUCCCGUGGUAGUGAAAAAAGAGGAAGUGGAAGAGGCCAAGAUGCAGUUCAAUGAGGUGCUGGAGAAGCCUGACCCGGGGGCAGGGAAGAAACAGGAAGUCCCGCCCCUAAAGGAGAUGGAGAAACUUGCCCCAGUGAAAGAGGUGCUUGCUGUGAAGGAUGUGGUGGCUGAGCAGGAGCUGGUUGAUGAUUCGGCCAAAGCCCCAGAUGCUGCUGGGAAACUUCCUGAAGCAGUGGUUCCUGGGGCAAUGGAGGUGGCUGCUGCUCCAGAAGCAAAGGAAGGGAAGGAGGGAGGAGUGGAGGACAAGAUGGAUGUGAUAAAAAAGCUGGUUGCAGAGGGUCAGUUGGACCAUGCCGUUCUGCUGCAGGUUAUAAAGGAGCAGCAAGAGCAGCAGAAGAGACUGUUGGACCAGCAGGAGAAACUACUGGCUGUCAUACAGGAACAGCACCAGGAGAUGCACCCCAAAAAGCCAGAUGGAGCUCCAGAGGCUGAUGCAGAGAAGGGGCUACAGGAGGAUGGGGGAGCAUCCAAGCCCAAAGACCCAGCUCAAGAUGGCCCUGCCCUGGCCUCAGACGCCGGGGAGCCCAAAGGAGCAGGAGCUGGAGCUCUACAGGCUGGAGGGGCCGAGCCUCACGUUCAGCCCCAGAAUGAGGUCCUCCCUGUGGAGAAGAGUGCCGAAGAGCAGGUUGCCAAAGUGGUUCCCCCCGUGAUCCCCAAGGAAGUAGUCCAGGAGGUCCCUAAACAGGCGAUGGUGGCAGGGGCAGCAGUGGAGGCCCCUAAGGAGCUGGGAGCUAGAGGGGUACCGCUGGGUCAGAAGGUGGCAGAGGGGGUGAAUGUAGAACCAGCCCAGCCCAAACACAAAAAGGAGCAGCCACCACCUGCUAAAGCUGAGGACUGGCCAGGGAAAGGAAGGGUAGAGGCAGUGGAGAAGGAGAAGAUAGAGACCCUGGAGGAGGAGAGGGUCGAUAGAGAGGUGCAGGCAAGAGUGGAGAAGGAACGGUUAGAGAGGGAGAGGAGAGAAAUACUGGCGAGAGAGCAGGAGAUGGAAAAAGCCAGAGUAGAGAAGGAGAGAGCGGAGAAAGAGAGGCUGGAAAAGGAGCGAGCAGAGAGGGAGAGGGCAGAUAAGGAGAAAGCGGAGCGAGAGAGGAUCCAGUGGGAGAAGGAGAAGACUGAGAGAGAGGUGAUGGAGAGAGCAAAGAGGGGAGGAACAGGGGAGGAACAGGCUCUGGCUGUAGCUGGGCCAGGACCUGUCGAACUAGGGGCUGUGAAGAAGAGUGGACGGGACCUGAAGGAGAGGGCAGCCAUCCAGUCAAACUCCAGGGAUGUUGUGGAAGCCCAGCCCCAGGGGGUCCAUGAGGCCAGGGACCAGGGAGACAUGGACCUGAGGAGGAGAAGGAGAGCCCUGGGGGUAGGAGGUGCUGGAGGGGCAGGGGAGUCCAGGGAGGGUGUGCUGGAGCUGGAGCCCUUCUUGGACAUGGGGGGGUCGGAUCUCCAUGCAGCCCUUGAGGGACAGCUACUGGAGGGAGCACUGGUACACACACGCCAGAUUAAACAGACCUCUGAGUUUGAGAGAGAUGAGUAACUGGGUAGCAGUAUACACGCACAUGAAUACGGUAUAACAUACACUCACGGACCGUUGGGUUGGACUGUGCAAAUCCGUAUAUUCACACAAAAACACUCACAUAGUGGGUCAGACUGUGCAAACCCUAUACACACACACACACUGGGUCGGACUGCGCUAACCUUAUACACUCAUUCAUACUAAUCACAACGCAUACACACACUCUUUCUCUCCCACACACAGUCAUAAUAAUAAUGUACCGUGGAUCACACUCUACUACCUUACCACCUGCCUUCACAAUACCUGACCAGUACAGGAGGAGUGUGAGUGUGUGAGGUGCAUUGAUGUGAUAGGGAACAUUCUGGCUGCGUUUACACAGGCAACCUAAUUCUGAUCUUUUUCACAAUUGUUGGCUAAAGAUCUGAUCUGAAUUGGGCUGCCUUUGUGAAUGCAGCCUCUGUGUCUUCAUUUGACCCUAGUCUGUGGGCUUCUAUUACCAAAUACUAGUGCUUUCUUUAGUGCUCCUUCCAUGAUUCCAGAAGAUAGAUACAGUAUAAUAGUGAUGAUAAAGAUAUUGUAACAAUGAUCGAAUAUGUUGUAGAAUAUUAUUCUAUAAUAAUAUGCUGUAUUAUGCUGCCAUAAAUCUAAAGCCUUUAUUAAAAAUAUAUUUGUAUGUAAAUGUUAACUUAUUUUUAGUUUUCUCUGCGAUGAGAUUUGGACUAGAAUGUAUGUUAAGCUAUGCAAUACCACAUACAGAGUUUCCUUUUUUUCCUGUGUUUGAGAGCGCAAUGUACCAGCUAUCCUUCUAUCCAGUGACUUGUAUUUUAGUCAUUUUAAAACCCUUGAUACUUCUAAGUGAUUAAGUUUUCAUUUUGGCUCUGGAAAGAUUACUUGCGGUUGUUUUGUUAAGCACAAUGCAUGUUGGUUAUUGUGAGCUGUAAAUGGUGUUCUCUGACAUGUAGCUAAAUGUCUUCAUGCUUGUUUUUACAUAUUUUUGGAAAACAUUCAAAGAACAUUUAAUUAGGGAUCAAUUGGGUAGCUUCAGUGCUUCUUCCAGAUAAUUUGACUCUUGAUUUUGAAAACAGAAUUCUAUUUUUGAAGAAUAAAACAGUGUAGAAAUGUGUAGCCUUAUCAUACACAUACUCUACAAUUCCGAUAUCUUUUUUCAAGGAGUUCUGAAUCCAUAACUCUGAUUCUACAUUCCAUGUUCUGGUUCUUCUCUCUCUCUGCCAGUGCCUUACAUACAUGUGCUGCAGCAGUGAUGUUUUUCAUGACUUUAAAGGAAUAUGGUUAUUUUGUUUUGUCAUAUCCUGUGUGUGGGGGCUCCACUGCUUUGUGCCUCUAUCCUAACUUGGGGUGAAAUUAAUGGGUCAAAGUGAAUAGCUUUAUGCCUGUAUUGAGAUGUAAAUGUACGUUUUCCUGAACUCUUGAGUGCAUUUUUCCAAUAAAGUGGCUUCUCUAGCAAUGACAGAGAGAAUGGAAGCAAAAUACUA